AUGCCGUUGGAUCAAGAGACGAUAAAUGAUAAAUUGAAUUUAGCCAUAUUAUAUUUCAAAUCUUCAGCUUAUGAGAAAGCAUUAAAUUUAUACAAUGAAUUAAUUCUCAACUGUCAGAGCUACUCGAUCGAUGAACUCAAACUAAUCAGGAGGAAUAUUUAUAACUUGAACGAGACUCCGCCUGUUGGACCUAUAGUUCAUCCGAAAUUGGGGUCCCUAUUGGAUCAGAGAGCUGCAACAAAUGAAAAAUUGGGCCAACUAGAUAAAUCUUUAAAAGAUGGAGAAAAGUUAAUAAAGUGUGAACCAAUAAGCUGCAAAGGCUAUUUACGAGUAGCAAAGGUAUUGUUGAUUAUGGAAAAGGAAGUUGAAGCUUAUAAGGUUUUGCAAAGAGGUAAUUAUAUUAUUUGCAAUGCUAUUGAGAAAUACAAUAUAGUAGUUCCUGAGAAAUUAUUCAACAAUUUGAAAAGUCAAUAUAAAUCAUUGAAUAGAAGACUAAAGCAGCAGAAGGAACAAAAUAGUAUCACCUCUGAAAAUAAAAGUCUAGAGAAAAGUUUGGAAAAAAUGCUACCAUUUAAGAGAGCAAAAUCAUUGUCAGGCACAUCGUUGUCAAAGAGGCCGAAAAAGACUCUAGAUCCGUUUAUUUAUUUACCAUUAGAAAUAAUAGAGUUGAUAUUUCGAGACUUUACUCUCAAAGAAGUUCUUCGAUGCCAUUUAGUAUCAUUAAAAUGGUAUAGCAUAUUAGUGAACAUACCAUCAUUAUAUACUAGUAAGGUCUCGUUCAAACCAAAAAUCACCACCACUGAAUUCGUUAAUGGAGUAAAGCUAAUAAAAAAGAUUAUCGAUAGGUCAUAUUCAAAACAAAUUAAAAUGUUAAAACUCAGAUCUACAGCAAACAACAUGCAAUUAUUCAAGAUGAUUGAACUACUAAUAUCCGAAAAGCAACUAAAAUUGCAAGGAUUGGAUGUCAUUAAUAAAUACUUGAGUUUUGAAUUUUUUAUUAAUAAACUAUACAAGACGAAUUGGAAUGUUUCGAAUAUUAGCAGUUUGCAAUUUUUAAGGUUGGGUAUCAAAUCAAGUCUCAAGUGUGAAAACUUAAUAUUCAAAAUGAUGAACCGCUUAAAAAGUUUAGAAGUUAUUGUUAUUGAUAACGAUUCAAGUGGUUCAAGUGCAUCUUUAAUUCCCAAUAACAGUAAAUUUCAUGACUUAAUACGACUUGAUGACAGGCCAUAUGAUUCUCUUGAACAUCUUUCAAUAGUGAACCAUCCUAAACUUAUGAGAGAUAAUAAUCAAACAAGAGUUGGCAAUGAUACUUAUAAUCCUUAUCCUCCAUUCAUAUUAAAGCACUUCCCGAAUUUGACUAGCCUUUGCAUUGUAUCAUAUGAUUUUACCAAUAGACAAACACAAUUCCAAGACUUCUUAUCAAGAUCAGCCAACCUUACAAGCCUCUAUUUAGAGAAUAACGAAAAGAUAUCAAUCAAGAACUUUCUUCAAGACUUAAUUGUUUGCAAUGCUACUUUCACACUCCGUAAAUUAACAAUUAGGGAGAAAUCAGUAAGUGCUGCGAUUCAUUUAAAUGAAUUGAAUGAUUUAUAUAUCCCAUCUUUGCAUUCACUUACAUAUCUCGAUGUAUAUGCAUCAUCCUUAUCAAUAAAGGGUUUAUUUAAGUUAUUGAAAAUUGCAAAUUUUAAUAAUGAAUUGCAUACAUUGUUUCUCGGAAAUUCGAAUUACCUAUAUUUCAAAAAUGAUAAAAUAUCUAUCCAUCAUAACUUAAAAAUAUCGUUAUAUGAUAUCAUAAGUGUUGUCCCGAAUUUGCAAAAGCUAUACAUCAACGAGAUAGAAUUAGACAAUUCCUCAAUGAAAUUUUUCCGUAAUGACUUAGUUGAAAAUAUUGGCUUGGAAAAUAUUAACUUGAAGGUAUUGGACAUUAGUUUUUGCAAGCAGAUCGAUGGAAUUGGGUUGAUGAAUUUGUUUUCAUUUAAUUUGAAAUUAUCUGAUGACAGUCAAGUUUUCAAGUUACAAGAGUUGAUAAUUGAUGGCAUGGAAUUCAAUCAAGAUACUUUAAAGAUAUUGAUAAAGAGAGGAUAUGUUGAAAGAAUUAGAAACGAUCCACUCAAGAGUAAGUGGAAGAAAUACGGUUUGACUACUUUAGUUCCAGAGUUAUAA